UUCAAUGACCGUCGCUGACUGACCUGUGGAGUAUCGUGCAGGUUGGGGGGCGGGGUUAGAGAGAUUGUUAGUUGACCAGCAUGCAUGAGACCGUGAGCACCAUGGAGAUACCCUAAGUAGAUAUAAGCCCCCCCCUUCCUCCCUCCCCAACUUCUCCGCGCUCCGUUGUGUCUCGUUCUCGGUCUCAAUCUUAUCCUUCCUUCUUCUUCUUUCCUAGUCCAGGGUGAAAACUGAGCUCAAGGAGACUCGAUCGCAUCAGGAGUCUAUCGGAGAAGACAGCGACUCAACUUAACUGUUUGAUCGCUUCACAUCUAUCUGGAUUGGGAUUCCUCUACCUCUACCUCCCAAGUGUUGAUCGUCAUCUGGUACAAAUUACUCCAUCAUGGCGCCGACCUACGCAGGGAUGUCGGGCAAGAAGUUGUCCGUGUCCAUCUCGACCGUUGCUACUUUGGGCUUUCUUCUGUUCGGUUAUGAUCAGGGUGUCAUGUCCGGAAUCAUUAGCGACACGGCCUUUCAAGAUCUGUUCACUGCCACCAAGAACAAUUCCACCAUGCAGGCUUUGGUGACCUCCGUCUACGAGUUGGGUUGUUUGGCUGGUGCUUUGUUUGCUUUAUUUUUCGGUGAUAGGACUGGCCGACGCAUCAUGAUUAUGACCGGAGCUACCAUCAUGAUUAUCGGCGUCAUUAUUCAGGUCACCUCCUUCGCUGGCCACAUUCCCCUCUUGCAAUUCUUUAUCGGCCGUGUCAUCACCGGUAUCGGAAACGGAAUGAAUACCUCUACCAUUCCCACUUACCAGGCAGAGUGUUCCAAGACCAGCAACCGUGGUCUUUUGAUCUGUAUCGAGGGUGGUAUUAUCGCUAUUGGUACUGCCAUUGCGUACUGGAUCGACUACGGUGCCCACUUUGGUAAUAAGGAUCUCGUGUGGCGAUUCCCCAUCGCUUUCCAGAUCUUUUUCGGAAUCGUCAUUAUCGUCGGAAUGUAUUUCUUGCCGGACUCGCCGCGUUUUCUCAUCGCCAAGGAUCGUGUUCAGGAGGGAGAGUACGUGCUGGCUGCCUUGGGUGGCUUUGAAAUCAAUGACCACGAGACGCAACUCCAGAAGCAGCUGGUCAUUGACUCUAUCAGAGCUUCGAGUGCUGCAGGUCAGGGUGUGACAUACCGUGACCUUCUCACCGGCGGCCGAUCUCAACAUCUCCGCCGUAUGUUGAUUGGGUCUUCCUCCCAAAUCUUCCAGCAGCUGGGUGGGUGUAACGCGGUCAUCUACUAUCUCCCCCUGCUCUUGGAAGAGAACCUGAAUGAGGGCACCAACUUUGCUCUUCUGAUCUCCGGUGUCAACAUGAUCGUCUAUGCUAUUUUCGCGACCUUUUCCUGGUUCUUUAUCGAGAAGAUCGGCCGUCGCAAGCUCUUCCUGGGUGGUUCUUUUGUCCAGUGCAUCGCCAUGAUUAUCACCUUUGCUUGUCUGAUUCCUGGUACGACGUCGGCCGCGAAGGGGUCGAUCUUCGGUAUUUUCCUCUACAUGGCUGCUUUCGGUGCUGCUUGGCUUCCUCUACCCUGGUUGUACCCUGCCGAAUUGUCCCCUAUCAAGACUCGUGCCAAGGCCAACGCUGUCUCCACCUGCAGUAACUGGUUGUUCAACUUCUUUGUCGUUAUGAUCACCCCUGUCAUGGUGUCUAGCAUCGGCUGGGGUACCUACUGCUUCUUCGCUGCGAUGAAUGCCCUGUUCAUCCCCUUCAUCUACUUCUUCUACCCGGAGACCGCCAACCGGAGCUUGGAGGAGAUCGACAUCAUCUUCGCCAAGGGCUACACGGAGAACAUCAGCUACGUCCAGGCUGCCAAGAACCUUCCCAAGCUCACGGACGACGAAGUCGAGCAGAGGGCCAUGGAGUAUGGCUUCGGUGGCGCCAGCGACGAGGAGAAGGCGAGCGCCGCCGAGCUGUCCGGCUCGAACAGCGGCAAGGAAACCGAGUAGAGCACUCGUAUCCCGCUGUUAUGAUCAAUGAAACCUACGAGGAUGAUGCGCUUGUGCGUGAUAUGAUCUGGGCUUCCAGGAUCGCUGUCUGCCCUGUUGUCUGCAUGAGAGUCCGUCUCGCAUGGCACCCCUGCAGGUGGCUACGAGUCACUUCAAGUUGUUUGUUCCCCUUUUUGUUAUUUCUGAGAUGUUGGGUACCCCGCUCUCCUACAUUUUCGUCACUUGAUUAUGACCGAAAUAUGCGGCUGGAGUUGCAUGAUUUUAGCUACGCCCUUCCGACUCGGCGCAGCCGCUGGACAUAUAGAUUCCCCAGAUUCUUGUUUUGAUUCUUGUUUUUGGUGCUUCACCACGCGAUUACCCCUGAGUUACUUGGCUUGUGGAACCAG